UACCAACCGAAUCAAAUGUUGUAUAUCAAAUGUUGUAUAUUAACAAUUAUUACAAUCGUAACAAACCUUCUCAUCUCACUAGCUGCAUCACCAACACCAUCAGCAGCAGGGCAUUCUAGUGAGAGAAACAAUAUAGAGAUAGAGAGAGAAAUGGGGGGAGAGAAGAGCAGCGAUCACUCUGUUCUAUCUUCAUCUUCUUCGUCUUCUCUUUCGUGUUUUUCGCAUUUUUGGUCCUCUGCUCUCAGAAGCAAAAUUCUACCUCCUCACACCGAGACCUCCGUCCGAGCAAUCUCCGGUGAUGGGCUCGUUCGCCGCCUCGGCCUGUUCGACCUCAUCCUUCUCGGCAUCGGUGCCUCGAUUGGCGCCGGAAUCUUCGUCGUCACCGGCACCGUCGCUCACGAUGCCGGUCCAGGAGUCACAAUUAGUUUCAUGCUAGCUGGAGCAUCUUGUGUGCUCAAUGCGCUGUGCUAUGCUGAGCUAGCUUCUCGUUUUCCUGCUGUUGUCGGGGGAGCAUACCUAUAUACGUACACCGCUUUUAAUGAGCUUACUGCUUUUCUUGUGUUUGCGCAACUGAUGCUUGACUACCAUAUUGGUGCAGCUAGCAUAGCAAGAAGCUUAGCAAGCUAUGUAGUUGCAGUACUAGAGCUCUUUCCUUUUUUUAAGGAUAACAUACCAAGCUGGAUUGGACAUGGUGGUGAGGAUUUUUUAGGUGCUCUAUCUAUUAACGCAUUAGCUCCAAUUCUCCUAGCACUUCUUACACUAGUUCUUUGUUUGGGAGUUGGAGAAUCUUCUGUGUUAAACUCAGUCAUGACUUCAACAAAGGUACUCAUUGUCAUUUUUGUCAUAAUCGUGGGGGCUUUUAAGAUUGAUGUUUCAAAUUGGACUCCUUUUGCUCCAAAUGGUUUUAAAGCAAUACUGACAGGAGCAACUGUAGUAUUUUUUGCAUAUGUUGGGUUUGAUGCAGUUGCUAAUUCAGCUGAAGAAUCUAAGAGACCACAACGAGACUUACCAUUGGGCAUCAUGGGGAGCCUUCUCAUUUGUGCCGCAUUGUAUAUUGGUGUUUGCCUAGUGUUAACUGGAAUGGUAUCAUACCAGUUCCUUGGGGAGGAAGCUCCUUUGGCUGAAGCUUUCACAUCCAAGGGUUUGAAGUAUGUUUCAGUAUUGAUCAGCAUUGGUGCUGUUGCUGGACUUACUACUACGCUUCUUGUUGGUCUUUAUGUUCAGUCUCGGUUAUAUCUUGGGCUUGGAAGGGAUGGUUUACUGCCUUCAAUAUUUGCUAAAGUGCACCCGACACGUCACACUCCCAUUCAUUCUCAGAUAUGGGUUGGUAUUGUUGCCUGCGUCUUGGCAGGGCUGUUCAACGUGCAUGUGCUCUCACACAUUCUUUCUGUCGGCUCGUUGACAGGCUAUUCUGUUGUUUCGGCUUGUGUGGUAACCCUUCGUUGGAAGGAUAAGACAAAUCAAGUUUCUAGAAGGUGGAUGUCAAACUGGAGGGAAGGUGUCCUUUGCCUAGUCAUAAUUGGCUGUUGUGGUUUUGCUGCUGGAGCCAUCUACCGCUUCAAUGCUUCAUUUAUUUUUCUGAUUGUAGCCGUUGUUAUUGCAAUCUUUGCUGCUGCUGCUCUUUAUUGCCGUCAAGAUCGGGUGUUCGAGAAGCAGAUUGGGACCGGCCGUAGAGUUGGAGAUUUCUAUGUGGUGGAAAGCCUGCAUCUUCCUCUGUCUACCUCCUCUGUUGCACUUUCAUCUUUUCAGGUUAUACAGAUCCACCAGGAUUCUCUUGUCCAUGGGUUCCAAUUGUGCCGGCUGUUUGCAUCUUCUUCAAUAUUUUCCUGUUUGCUCAGUUACACCACGAGGCGUGGGUGAGAUUUAUUGUCCUCAGCGUCAUUUCAAUUGGAAUUUAUGCAUUUUAUGGGCAAUAUCAUGCUGAUCCUGUAAGUUCAAAUCGGACAAUUAUUUACCAUAGGGCACCUGAAGAAGAAACUCAAUAAUUACCUGUUUAGGGGUAUACGAUUCUUGUUGUCUGUUGUAUUAAUUGUAUUGAAUUUACCUGAGCGGAGGUUUCCGUUCAACUGUAUUAUAAGACAUGUGUAUGUCAAACGCCAUGCUAGACUGCCACACUCAUGCAUCUAUUAAGAGAUGUUCAAUGAUACAAAUGUAAACUCUAAUGUUUUACCUCGAAAACAUUUUAAAGAUCAGUUUUCAACAAGCUGCAAUCAUCUUUAGAAAUUUGAGAUAUCCUGUUUCAGUUUGA